UUUGAUAUUUCUCCGGGUAAUGAAAUUUUAGCAUUUUACUGACACCCUUUUCUUCUUUGUAUUUGGGGAUGCUUUUCUUUAUAAAAAAAUGAUUUUUUUUGUUUCUGUAUUUGGGUCUUUUGGAAAUAUAAUAAUAGUUUAUUUGGCUCGUCACUCUUUAAAAUAAUGAGUAUUAUUGUUAGUCAAUGGGGACGUAUAAUGAUGGGUGUUUCUGCAUUAUCAACGUAAAAUAAGUACUAAUAGUUUUAAACUUGUGGUUUUUCUGCUGAUUUGAAUUAAAGUGAAUAUUUUUUGUUUUUGGGGUUUGAUUAGUGUAUUCUGGUAUCUGUGUGGGAUUUCCAGGCAUUUACGGAAGGUGGUGGGUGUUUGACUUUGUUGGUAAAAGGUGUCAGCUGAGGAGGUUAUGAAAGGUCAAGUUUUUUUUUUUUUUUUUUGAUUGAUUGGAGUUUCUGUUACCUCUCGCUACAGCACUGCAUGUUUGUUGUUGGCUUUUAAUUCAGAUUUUUUUUCUCUCUUUUGGGGGGGAGGGGCUUCCAAUUUCCAUCAACUCAUUCUUGCUGGGUUUUGAUUGCUUUGAGUGGUUUUCUGAUUCCAAUUGGGAUUUUUUUUUUUUUUUGACUUUUCAUGGUUCAAUCCCUCAGUUGUUGUUGAUGAGUUUGAGGAAAUCUAGUUACCUGUGAUUGUGUGAAAUUAGUCUGAGAAGUUUGUUUUUUGGGGACCACCACCCUUUUGGCUUUAAGACUAGUUAUUUCUCAGAUUGUGGAUAAAGUGAUUUUGUAAGGUGCUUCCAGUUUUCUUCUUCUUCUGAAGAAGAAAGGGUAAAAGAUGGAUGAAGAUAGCAGUAAUUCUUGGAUAAGGAGGGCCAAAUUCUCCCACACAGUGUGUCACAGGUUGAACUAUUCCAGUUCUGGAUUUGGCUCUUUCAGCAUUCAGCCAAGGGCACAACACAGUUCUAGUAGUCUGAAAUCAAGGCCUGAAGUGGCUUUUGCUUCCAACAAGGCUCAGAAGAAACCAAUAAUGAACAAGCAGAGAUCUUUGUCCCCUUUGCCUCGAACCUCUCUCUCUGAGACCUUCAAGGAAGCCAGACAUGAGCAGAAGAGGUUCUCAACACCUGGUCCAAGGAGGAAAGAACAGAACAAGGACAAGAGAAUCAUGGGGAAGUUGCUCAACAAGGAUUCUCAUGUGUCCAAUUCCAAAUCCCCUCACAGUAGUCCAAUUACUACUAAAUCCCCUUACAGCAGUCCAAUUAGGCACCUUGCUUCGAUGAAAUUAAGCUCGAAGCAGCACCGAAAGGAUUUGGGAUGGACAAAGUACUUUGAUCAUGGAGGGGGAAAGGUUACUGCUGUGGAAACAGCUGAGGAAUGGAAUGUUGACCUCUCCAAGCUCUUUGUUGGUGUUAGGUUUGCUCAUGGUGCUCAUAGCAGGCUUUACCAUGGCAUGUAUAAAGAUGAAGCUGUAGCUGUGAAAAUUAUCACGGUACCGGAUGAUGACGAAAAUGGAAUGUUGGUGGAUCGAUUAGAGAAACAAUUCAUUAGAGAAGUAUCGCUUUUAUCGUGCCUCCACCAUCAAAAUGUUAUAAAGUUCGUAGCAGCAUGUAGAAAGCCACAUGUUUAUUGUGUUAUCACAGAAUAUCUAUCAGAAGGUUCGUUGAGGUCAUAUUUGCAUAAGUUGGAAAGAAAAACUAUUUCUCUAGGGAAGCUAAUUGCUUUUGCUCUGGACAUUGCUCGUGGAAUGGAGUAUAUACACUCUCAAGGUGUCAUUCACCGAGACCUUAAACCGGAGAAUGUCCUUAUCAAUGAAGACUUUCACCUUAAAAUUGCUGAUUUUGGCAUUGCUUGUGAGGAAGCAUACUGUGACUUAUUUGCUGAUGACCCUGGUACCUACCGCUGGAUGGCACCUGAGAUGAUCAAACGAAAAUCCUAUGGGAGAAAGGUUGAUGUAUAUAGUUUUGGGCUUAUCUUAUGGGAAAUGGUGACUGGAACUAUACCAUAUGAGGAUAUGACUCCCAUCCAGGCUGCUUUUGCCGUAGUAAAUAAGAAUGCAAGGCCAGUUAUUCCUUCAGACUGUCCACCUGCAAUGCGAGCUUUAAUCGAGCAAUGUUGGUCUUUGCAUCCGGACAAGAGGCCCGAGUUCUGGCAGGUUGUUAAGGUAUUAGAACAAUUUGAAUCUUCGCUUGCUCAUGAUGGAACUCUGACUCUGGUGGAAAAUCCUUGUUGCCAAGAUCACAAGAAAGGGCUUCUCCAUUGGAUUCAAAAGCUUGGUCCUGUGCAUCAUAAUAAUGGCCCUGUGCCUAAACCAAAAUUUACAUGAGUCUUCAAUGUGGCCUGGCUUUUUGUAGUAUACCGGGUUCAUUGUAAUUAAUAUUGAAUGGUUUGAAUUACCCAAAAGAAAAACCAAAGGUUUGUUUUUUGAGGUUCUCUAGCUGUAGUCCUCCUUAUGAUGUUCAUGCAAGAGGAAAUUGAUUUGUAGGCUUGUACAUUGAGGUGAAAACAGCUUUUGUUUUUACUGUUUACAAUUUAGUAAUUGCACUAGGUUAAGUUUCUUUUUUUAGAGGGGUGGGGACACAAUUUCUUGUUUAUUUGUUAUUAUACAAGGUACUUCUAUUUUUAGUUUCUCUAAUGUCAAAGUUUUAAUUCUAUAUUUUUUUCGUGUUA